UAGUCAGGGGUGGAGUAACUACGAAAAGCUUUGAAAGGCGAUAGAAACUGGUUUCAGUCAUCAGCAACAGCCGCAACAGUACAGUGUAAAUCCAGACAAAGAAAAGAAUGAGUGCCAAAGGAACCCAGGACCCACCUCCCUAUAUCAUACCAAUGGACACCAAAGGUGAUGUCAAGGUUUACCAUGUGCACACACCAUUCACUCCACAAAGUUCCACUAUCGGAGACUCUCAACGGCCACGUGUUCAAGCAAUUGACAACAAAAACAAAUUUGUCAGCUAUGAAUCGUACGAUCUGGGUCGCUAUCCGGGAAUGGCCACCUGCACUAGUUGCCAACAGCAAAUCUUAACAGACGUCACCUACAAAGCAGGAGUCUAUGCAUGGUUGAUGUGCCUACUUAUCAUUCUGUGUGGGUUUAUUCUAUGCUGCUGUCUGAUUCCGUUCUUCGUCAAAUUUUUCAAAGACGCCUAUCACACGUGCCCGAAAUGCAGUAGGAUCAUCCACAUUGAAAAGAAGCGAUGCUGCUAACCUCGUCUCCUCCCUGAUUUCAACAGUGCUCAUGGAUUUAUGUGGCACCAUACACAAUAUGAAGGACUGGAGGAAACUUUUAGACCAAUAGGGAUGUGUAAAGUUUUAAGAACUAAUGUUGUAAGACAUUUGUAAUUAAUAGCCUUAAGGUUUGCAGCAUUUGUAUUACCAAUUUUACAUAUAACAUCAAAAAUUAACGUGAAUACUCAUCAUUUUGAUUGUUUCUAGAUAUAUUCUACUUCUGUAUAAAGGCCUCGGGGUUGGGGUUGAGAGUGUUGACCUUUGUGACAUAAGGCAAACGGUCUUAUAGAAAUUGCCACAUCAACAAAUGUCUUGUGACACAUCAGGACUGAGCAAAUCUGCAUAACAUAACUGACCGUUAUAUUGUUGAGAUUGUCAUAAAUGUUGCCAUUAAUCAAUUAGAUCCCACAUAAAUAAGAGAAGGGAAUUCAUUCGCCCAAAGCUCGUGCUGGGUUUGUUGAUGUUGAAUGACGUUGGUGGAUAGUUUUACAGCUGUACAAAUACUUUUAUUCUGUCAAGUCUGUUUUUACAGUAGUCUCUAUUCGUACAUUAAUGUUCAUAUGUGCAUAAACGUAGAGCUAUAGUAAUAAGAAAAAGCAAGGCGGUUCACACAGAACGGGUUCUUGCGUUAAAUCCCGCGAGACACUGUAACGUUGGUGGUGCGUUUAGCUGAUGUGUACGUAAUCAGAGCAAAAUCGCGUUCUGUGUGAAACAGGCCCCUGUCUAUGUGCAAUAACGUCAUAACUUUCUGUUAGAUUUUUAAGUAUUGGGAAAGACUGUUAGAAGUAAUAAAUCUAGAAAAAGUAUUAAUGAAAUUACUCUACAAUUGCAAUAAAAUGAAUAAGAGUCUCCAAA